CAGGCAACCCCGUCGCGGAGAGGAGAAAGGCGGCCGAGCGGGCCCUGAAGGAGGAGUUGGAAGCGAAGGAAAAGGAGGCAAAGGCCAAGCAGGAAGCGAAGGAGCGGGAGAAGCAGCUCAGGAAACAGAAGCAGAUUGAAAAGGAGAAGCAGCGAGCCGCCAAAGCCAAGAGGCUUGCGAAGAAGAAGGAGAUAUCGGCAAAGGACGCUCGCGAGGCAAGAAAGGCCAGAGCGGACGCUCGGAAAAAGGCGACAGAGCUGGCCCGAUCCGGGGUCGCCCUCGGGGUCGACGACGAGAAGCUCGAGGACCUCUCCGACGACGACGAGUCCGAGAUCGAGGAGCUCGCCGAGGCCCUCGGCGACGAGGACGAGGACGUCGCAGUGGCCGCGGAGGUGAUGGAUGUGGAGGCCACGAAGAUCGCCCGGACGGUCUCCAGAGAGAGCGCGGGUUCCGGAUCGGGGGCGCCCCGCAAGGCGCGGAGGUUGGCAGGCGCGGCGCCGGCCGCGGAGGGCGGAGGCGUCGUGCUGCUGGACGAGGUGCUCUGAUGCAGGUCCCCCGGAGCUCUGCGCUCCCCUCCGCCAGGCCCUGCCCCUUUUCGGGUGGUUCGUGAUGGUGUGGCCAGGCAGCGUCGCAUGGGCGCGCAGAUUCAGCCACCAGCUCCGAGGCGUCUUCGGAAGAGGCCCGCGGAUUUCAUUCGGAGGGCAAGACUCCGGAUGGCUCUGGCCGCUCGGCUCUGCCAGGUUGCCUGUCCGAGAAAAGCGUCAUCCUCCGACUUGACGCGCCUCCUACUCCUGCUUGUCAACUUCUUCCUCGUCCCCAUUGCCCACCCUCCUCC